GGGAUCCGAAAAGAUCUAGUGAUUUAAUUAAAGAGAUUGCCAGCCUACUUCCCCGAAGUCAUCAAUCCCCCAGCUCUCGAGCAGCUGCUCUGCCCCGGUAAUCUCCUCUGCUGGUCACCCGACAUCGAAGGCCAUGGCCGCGAAGCCGAAGAAACUGAUCAUCGACACCGACCCCGGCAUCGUGUUAUGAUUUCUUGCUGCAGAUGAUGCCAUGGCAAUAUUUGUGGCAUUGAGAUCACCAGAAGUGGAGGUUAUUGGGCUUACGACUGUAUAUGGGAAUGUUUACACGACACUAGCAACUAGAAAUGCCUUGCAUUUGUUGGAGAUUGCAGGAAGGACUGAUAUCCCUGUAGCCGAAGGAUCCCAUGUUACGAUAACUAAUGGUACGAAGCUUCGGAUUGCUGAUUUUGUGCAUGGUGCCGAUGGACUUGGAAAUCAAAACUUCCCUCCACCAAAUGGGAAGCCAAUAGAACAGUCAGCAGUUGAUUUUCUCAUUGAGCAAGCAAACCUUUACCCUGGUGAAGUGACUGUGGUGGCACUGGGCCCACUCACGAACGUCGCGCUGGCCAUAGAACGAGACCCAUCCUUUGCGAAAAAGAUCGGGCAGAUUGUUCUUCUCGGUGGAGCUUUUUCUGUCAACGGCAACGUCAACCCUGCUGCAGAAGCAAAUAUAUUUGGUGAUCCAGAUGCUGCCGAUGUUGUUUUCACCAGUGGAGCAGAUGUUUUAGCCGUGGGGAUAAAUGUUACACAUCAGGUUAUCAUGACAGAUGCUGAUCGGGAAAAGCUGGCACGGUCAGGUGGGAAGUUUGCUCAGUAUCUGUGCCGGAUUCUGGAUGUUUACUUUGCUUAUCAUCGCGAAGCUUACUUUAUGAACGGAGUUUACCUUCACGACCCCACUGCGAUUCUUGCAGCAAUCAAUCCUUCACUCGUAACUAUCACCGAGGGGGUAGUUAGAGUCCAAACCACUGGCAUCACCGGGGGUCUUACGAUCUUGUAUAACAGGCAGAAAAGGUUUGCUGAAGUCACAGAAUGGUCGGAUAAACCAGUGGUGAAGGUCGCAGUGACAGUUGAUGCUCAUGCUGUCGUCAAGUUGAUGAUGGAGCGGCUCAUGGAUUCGUGAACAGUUAUAAAUCGGCAAGACAAGCUCAUCGAAAGAAUUGCGGUGGCAACUCCCCAAUCUAACUGUCUGAGGAUCUCAGGAUGCUGUCUUCUGAUUUACUAUGUGUUAUUAUUAUGUGCAGAAACAUCCUCAAUAAUUCAGUACAUUGUUAUCCUAUGCUUCAUUGUCUUCCCCGCAAUAAAAGUUGUUCGAUUGA